UUGUAUUUCUACAGCUCAUCAGUGAAGUCUUGCUGCAUUACUCAUGUCACUCGUACUAGAGUAGGAAGUUAGUGCAAGCUCUGCUGUGAACACAUGAGAUGUUUUCUCUUUGAUCCAAACGGUUAAAGGAAAUGGAUUAACGUUAAACCCUGGACCUCAGGUCUUGGUCACAAGCCAGCUCUAGUGUGUGAGAGAGAGGCCUUUGCGACCAACUUGCGAAAUUCACAUAAGCACACACUCCAACGCCCUUCUCAUGGAGGACAAAAAGUCUAUGAUUGGCAAUUUGCGCCAGAAAGCCAAACUCUUUCGAUACUCGCGGACUGGUAGCGACAAAAACCCCAAAAAGCCGGAGGUGAGAGAAGAGCGCUUGUUGGACCAGCGGAUGAACACCUCUAACGCAGACGUCCUGCAGAGGAAUCGGCCGUCCUCCCUAAAGAGCUCCGCCCAUCAUCAGCCAACUGACCUCCGGACGUCCUCCAGCUGCAAUAGUAGCCCAACCACCCCCCUCAGGCGAAAGAAAGGGGGAGGCACCGGCCUCGCCGAUUCGCUGAACUCGAGCGGCUGGCAGUCGCAGGACUCAGUCACUGAUGGCCCAUGUGAGGAGCACAACAUCUCCAAAUCCACAGAUGAGAUGGAUUUGUCAGAGAGCCUAAGUGAGAAGCUGCCUUUCAACAGAAAUGGUUCAGAUACGUUCUCCAUACAUGACAACGAGCACAAUAAUCAGAUUCUGGACAUGAAGACAGAAUCCACUGGAGUGAAUGAGCAUCAGAAGGAAGCUCAUAAAACGUAUCUGCUCACUAUAUGCCUGAAGGAGGGACGCAGACUGGUCAUUAGAGACCGCUGUGGCACAAGUGAUCCAUAUGUGAAAUUCAAACUGGACGGGAAGACCUUGUACAAAAGUAAAGUGGUGUAUAAGAAUCUUAACCCCGUCUGGAAUGAGACGUUCUCCUUCCCGAUCCGCAACCUGGACCAGAAACUCUUCAUCAAGGUUUAUGAUCGAGAUCUGACAACGGAUGACUUCAUGGGCUCCUGCGGUAUUGAGCUGAAUAAACUGGAACUUGAGAAGAGCAGCGAGAUGGUGCUUCCACUGGACGACCCCAACAGCCUGGAGGACGAUAUGGGUGUCAUAGUCAUCGAUAUCUGCUUGUCUGUGAGGGACGGCAAAAACAAAAAACAAAGAUGGGCCCAAAGGAAAAAAAGGAGCCUCUCGGGAACUACAACAGAGCAUAAUAAACGUCUCACGGAGUCUAUGAAGAAGAGUCAACUCUGGACUGGCGUGUUUACCAUCACUUUGGUGGAGGGGCGGGACUUACCACUGGACGUACAGGGGGACGUGUUUGUUCGCUUUAAACUGGGAGAUCAGAAAUAUAAAAGCAAGAGUCAAGUGAAGAAGGUCUACACACAGUGGAGAGAAAGAUUUGACUUUAACCAGUUUCCUGAUGCGUCCAGCAUUUUAGAGAUUGAGGUGGUGGGAAAAGAGGGGAGGAGAUGUGAAGAAUGUUAUGGACAGUGUGAGAUCGACUUGUCCGGGUUGCCGUUGAAUGAAUCAACACUGUUUACACGUGAGCUGGACCCAGGGCGAGGCAGAGUAGUGUUUCUCGUCACUCCCACUCCCUGCACAGGAGCUUCCAUUACGGAUCUUGUUGCUCCUCCACUGGAAGAGCCUCAUGAGAGAGACAAUAUGCUGGUUAAAUAUAGUGUCAGGAACUCCCUGAAAGAUUUGAGAGAUGUUGGUUUUCUUCAGGUUAAAGUAAUUAGGGCCACUGACCUCUUGGCUGCUGAUCUAAAUGGAAAGAGUGACCCAUUUUGUGUCCUGGAAUUGGGAAACAACCGACUGCAGACCCACACCAUAUACAAAACCCUCAACCCUGAGUGGAAUAAAGUCUUCACUUUCCCAGUAAAAGACAUUCAUGAGGUUCUGGAAGUGACUGUGUUUGAUGAGGAUGGAGACAAAGCCCCAGAUUUCUUGGGGAAGGUGGCUCUUCCUUUACUCUCUAUACGUAACGGUCAUCAGGUUGCUUGCCCUUUAAGGAAAGAGAAUUUGGGAGGACUGUCUAAAGGAACCAUAGUACUGGAGCUGGAAGUCAUUUACAAUUCUAUCAAAGCAAGCAUCAGGACCUUUACACCUAAAGAACAGAAGUUUCUGGAGGACAAUGCCAAGUUUUCUAAGAAGGUUCUCUCCAGGAAUAUUCUUCGUGUGAGGAACCUUUAUCGGGCCGUGUGCCACGUCAACCAGUUCAUCAAGAGCUGUUUUCAGUGGGAAAGUAUGCAAAGGAGCAUCAUAGCAUUUCUGGUGUUUGUUCUUACAGUGUGGUACUGGGAUUUCUACAUGCUGCCCAUGUUCUUGGUCCUUCUCAUCAUAUGGAACUAUCUCCAGAUCGCCUCUGAGAGAGUCACCAGAGACUUGGACACCAUGGAGUUGUAUGAAGAGGAAGAUGAAGAUGAAAAGGAAUCUGAAAAAAAAGGUCUGAUGGAGAAAAUUCACAUGGUUCAAGAGAUUGUCAUUACGGUCCAGAACCUUCUGGAGGAGAUUGCAUGCUUUGGUGAAAGAAUAAAGAAUACGUUCAACUGGUCAGUGCCGUUCUUGUCUAAUCUGGCCUUCCUGGUUCUCAUCAUAGCUACAGUGAUCACUUACUUUAUUCCAGUACGCUACAUUAUUUUAUUAUGGGGUAUACAUAAAUUCACAAAGAAACUGCGUAAUCCAUAUGCCAUUGAAAACAAUGAGGUGAUGGAUUUCCUCUCCAGAGUGCCUUCAGAUGUCCAAAUGGCACAGUACACUGAACUAAGUAGCUGUAGUUUCCACAGUCCUUACAGGAGAAGAAAAGCAUCUCCUUAGACACUAAAAUGAGAAACGCUGGUCUCCUGAGAACAUUCUGUGUGAAGAGCCUUUGAAGGUGCCAGAACUCGACGGCCAGGGAAUGAUUUCAGCAUGUAUUUAAAAAUGUGAAUUGCAGUUGAUCUGCUUAUUUUAUUUGAGCGAACUGAAAUCACUCCCAUCACAUGGUUCAGUGUUUACUGCUGGGUCGUGCUGAAGCACCGUGGGUAAUAACACAGACACACAUUAACACUCACAGCAGCAGCUCUGCUGUAUUUAAGAAAGAAGAAAUGUGACUAGAUAACUGAAUGGUUAAAGUAUAGAUUAUACCACACUGGGCCUUAAACAUCCAUGCAUAGAUGCAGUGCCUGAAUGAUACAUCAUGUACAGUAAGAGUGCAAUACAGUGUAAUGCUUUGCUAUUUUAUACUUGAAGCAUUUCUUUAUUUUGUCUUGUCUGACUUGUAUAUUUUAUAAAGGAGUUUGUAAAGUCUCAUUCUAUAAAAGCCAAAUGUUUGUUGAAUUGUAUUGAACUUUGUAACAUAAGAUUUCCAUAUGUGGUUUAGUUUUAGUUAUAUUUUUGUACAUACAUUGUUUUUAAGUCUUUUAAAUCUAUUGUUUACUUUUUAGUUAUUGUAGAGAAAAAUCACUGCAUGAAAUUGAAUACAUUUUAAUGUGCCUUUGACAAACUCCAGGUGUAAAAAAAGAAAUAUUUUAACUACAUUCUCCUCUUAAAGUUUUCUUUUUUGUGCAAUAUAAGGUUGUAGAGUAUUUUUGUAUUCUUUAAUAUGUUGAGAAUAUGCAUUUCCGUUUUGUAUCAUAGUUAUUCCACAGUAAAGAUUGGAUGACA